AAGAAUGAAGUGCAGUAGAAGCUUGUAGCUUUGCUAAUGCAGUGUCUUGUUUUGUGUCUUUUGCACAUAGUUAAAUUUGAAUGACUGUUUUAAAAUAUCAGGAGUGACGGUGAAAGAAGAGCAGCGGCUGUGAAGAUGAAGCUCAACAUUGAGGGGCUGCUGGUGUAUUUUCCCUAUGACUACAUCUACCCGGAGCAGUACUCCUACAUGCUGGAGCUGAAGAGGACGCUGGAUGCCAAGGGUCAUGGAGUCCUGGAGAUGCCGUCGGGAACGGGGAAGACCAUCUCUCUGCUGUCCCUCAUUGUGGCCUACCAGAGGGCUUUCCCUCUGGAGGUCACCAAGUUAAUUUACUGCUCCAGAACAGUUCCAGAGAUCGAGAAGGUUGUGGAGGAGCUGAGGAAGCUGAUGGAGUUUUACACCAAAGAAACAGGAGAGAGCAACAAUUUCCUCGCCCUCGCCCUUUCCUCCAGGAAGAACCUCUGCAUCCACCCUGAGGUGAGCUCUCUGCGCUUCGGUAAGGAGGUCGAUGGGAAGUGCCACAGUUUGACAGCGUCGUACAUCCGUGCACAACACCACAGCAACCCCAGCCAGCCCGUCUGUCGCUUCUAUGAGGACUUCGAUGCGGUCGGCCGACAGGUUCCUCUUCCUGCUGGCAUCUACAACCUGGACGACCUGAAGGCCUUUGGCAGGAGGAAGGGCUGGUGUCCGUACUAUCUGGCUCGCUAUUCAAUUCUGCACGCCAACAUUGUGGUGUACAGCUACCACUACCUGCUGGACCCCAAGAUAGCUGAUCUGGUGUCCAAAGAGCUGGCAAAGAAGUCUGUAGUGGUGUUUGACGAGGCUCAUAAUAUCGACAACGUGUGCAUCGACUCCAUGAGCGUAAACAUCACCAGGCGAACGCUGGACCGCUGCCAGAACAACGUGGACACUCUCCAAAACAGCAUACAGAAGAUAAAGGAGACGGACGCUGCCAAGCUGAGGGAGGAGUACAGGCGAUUGGUGGAGGGGCUGAAAGAAGCCAAUGUGGCGAGAGAAACCGACGUCUACCUCUCCAAUCCGGUGUUACCUGAUGAAGUUCUCCAAGAGGCGGUGCCCGGCUCUAUUCGUACAGCCGAGCACUUUGUGGGUUUCAUGAGGCGCUUCCUGGAGUACCUGAAGUCCCGUCUGAGGGUCCACCAUGUCGUACAGGAGAGCGCGCCGCAGUUCCUCAAAGACAUCUUCGAAAAAGUCUGCAUUGACCGCAAACCCCUCAGGUUUUGUGCAGAGCGGUUGCAGUCAUUACUGCGAACGCUGGAGAUCGCCGACAUCGCCGACUUCUCGGCCGUUACUCUCAUCUCGAACUUUGCCACGCUCGUCAGCACCUACAGCCAAGGCUUCACCAUCAUUAUCGAGCCCUUUGAAGACAAAACUCCGACCAUCGCCAACCCCGUGCUGCAUUUCAGCUGCAUGGAUCCAUCUAUAGCCAUCAAACCCGUUUUCCAAAGAUUUCAGUCAGUCGUCAUCACCUCAGGGACACUGUCCCCGCUGGACAUCUAUCCCAGAAUCCUUGACUUCCGCCCGGUUACCAUGGCGUCCUUCACCAUGACGCUGGCACGCACCUGCCUCUGCCCUCUGAUUGUUGGCAGAGGAAAUGACCAGGUGGCCCUGAGCUCCAAGUUUGAGACCAGAGAAGAUUUUGCUGUGAUCCGUAAUUACGGCAACCUGCUCCUGGAGAUGUCUGCGAUUGUUCCUGAUGGGAUCGUGGCCUUUUUCACCAGCUACAUCUACAUGGAGAACAUCGUGGCGUCCUGGUACGAACAGGGCAUCCUGGAGAAUAUCCAGAGAAACAAGCUGAUCUUCAUCGAGACUCAGGACGCUGCAGAGACCAGCAUGGCCCUGGAGAAGUACCAAGAGGCCUGUGAGAACGGCAGAGGAGCCAUCCUCCUGUCGGUGGCCAGAGGAAAAGUGUCUGAAGGCAUAGAUUUCGUGCACCAUUACGGCCGCGCGGUCAUCAUGUUUGGAGUGCCUUAUGUUUACACGCAGAGUCGCAUCCUGAAGGCUCGGCUGGAGUACCUCCGGGAUCAGUUUCAGAUCAGAGAGAACGACUUCCUGACGUUUGAUGCCAUGCGCCACGCAGCUCAGUGCGUAGGCAGAGCCAUCAGAGGCAAGACCGAUUACGGACUCAUGAUCUUUGCUGACAAGCGUUACGCUCGAGCAGACAAACGCGGGAAGCUACCUCGCUGGAUUCAGGAGCACAUCAACGACGGCAGCCUGAACCUCACCGUGGACGAGGCCGUGCAGCUUUCCAAGCACUUCCUGCGGCAGAUGGCUCAGCCUUUCAGACAGGAGGACCAGCUGGGUCUGUCUCUGCUGACUCUGGAGCAGCUGGAGUCGGACGAAAUGCUGCAGAAAAUCACUCAGAUCGCUCACCAGACCUGAAGGUGAUGCUGUUACCACAGCAACACCCAUAAAUGGAGUCUUCAGCCAUCAGUUAAAUACGGGUCCAAAACGGCAGAUGCAGCUUAAACGUACGUUAGUGUGAACCAACAAACUUCCUAAAGAUUUCCUUCAAGUGUUUUCGUCACAGUAAUGAUUUCAGACAGAGCUGCGACACACACACACACACACACACACACACACACACACUCUGCAGAGUAGACGGCUCGUAAAUGGGAGCUUUACCUUCCAGAUUUUCCUCAGACCUUUGAAUCACUGAUACGUGUUUCAGUACUUUGGAAUACUGUGCAGUACACUGCUGUGGGAAGUAUAACUGCUUGUUGUGCAGUAGUCCAACAACAGACUGACUGAACUCUAAAUGUGGGUGUUUGUCUGCAGCGUUUCCUGAUUUCAUGUUGGUUCUUUUGAUUGAUGAAACAUUUUGUUUCUGCUCUGAGACUCUGAGUAAUGCAGGUCCACGAAGUGUCUGCACACAGACCGGACUGCCGUCUCCUUUUCUACUGCAGCUGUACACAACCCUGUUUUAUACCGAACAUGAAUGUUUGUGUUUUCUAAACAGCUGGAAUAUUAAAGUUAGUAUUUAACAGCUGACUCGUGUUUUAAUCUUCAGUGUCCGUCUCUCAUCACCCACUGAACUCAUUUAGAAAACCCACACAAGGGUUACCAGGGUCU